GGAAUGGCGGUCAACGUGUACUCUACCUCUAUAACCCAAGAGACUAUGAGCAGACAUGACAUCAUCGCAUGGGUUAAUGAUAUAUUAGCUUUAAACUACACAAAAGUCGAACAACUCUGUUCAGGAGCAGCUUACUGCCAGUUCAUGGACAUGUUGUUCCCAGGGUGUAUUAGCUUGAAGAAAGUAAAGUUUCAAGCAAAGCUGGAGCAUGAAUACAUUCACAACUUCAAACUUCUGCAGGCAUCGUUUAAAAGAAUGAAUGUGGAUAAGGUAAUUCCCGUGGAAAAACUGGUCAAAGGGCGCUUCCAAGACAACUUAGAUUUCAUUCAAUGGUUUAAGAAGUUCUUUGAUGCUAACUAUGAUGGGAAGGAGUAUGAUCCUGUGGAAGCUCGACAAGGCCAAGAUGCUAUUCCUCCACCAGACCCUGGUGAACAGAUCUUCAACCUGCCCAAAAAGUCUCACCAUGCAAACUCUCCGACUGCAGGUGCUGCUAAAUCCAGUCCAGCUUCUAAACCAGGAUCAACACCUUCUCGUCCAUCUUCAGCAAAAAAAGCUGCACCAAGCAGUUCAGCAUCCAAAUCAGAUAAAGAUUUGGAAACUCAAGUCAUACAGCUUAGUGAACAGGUACAUUCAUUAAAACUUGCACUUGAAGGCGUGGAGAAGGAAAGGGAUUUCUACUUUGGCAAAUUAAGGGAGAUUGAACUUCUCUGCCAAGAACAUGGGGGAGAGAAUAAUGACCUUGUCAAUCGGCUAAUGGAAGUCCUUUAUGCUUCAGAAGAACACGAGAGCCACACAGAAGAGCAUGAAGGUGAAGAGCAAGUCCAUGAACAGCCCCAGCAGCAGGAGGAGUACUGACUCACCCAGCGUCUCUGACAAUUUUCGUUUUGUGUGAGAACUUUCUUCUGGAGAACGGAACAUGUGUGGCCUCAAACUUGAAAUCAGUUCACUCCCAGUCUGCCAUUAACAUUUACGUACCAUAGUGAGUGCCAGCCAACCACUGCAUUCUGUACCCAUACUUUGCCAAGACGCAUUUGCAGACGUCUUCUUUCAGUGUAUCUUCCCAAGAGGUUGUAGGGCUACAUCACCUACUGUACAUCACUGCAACUUCACCACUUGGCUGCUUGAGAUUUGUUCUGCUCUUUAAAAAAAAAAUAUAUUUAUUUUUUUUCUUUUUUGUCUUAAGUAUGAUACACUUGUAACUUGUUCUAACAUAUUUAUAUUGGCAUUUUGUGUGGCAAGAAGUACCGUACCACUAGCUGUGUCUCUCACUUUGUGGUGCUUUUGCAUUUUCUAGUCCAUCUGCCUCGAGGCAUAAAUUUGGUCAAACAAUUGGAAUAAAGGGAUACAGUAGAAGUCAUGCUCAAGCCGUAAUGAUGAGGUGUGUUGUGAAGGAAAAUGCUCAUGUUGCUCACGUUUAUUCCUUUCCUGCCUUCACAAAAUAGAAGGCAGAGCAUCUGUUUUACUAGGAGAGAUUUAAACCCCUGUGUUAGGAAGAUUGUUAGAAAGCUGCAUGGUAUGUUUUUUGGCUUAUUUCUGGAGGAACAGACAUCCACUUUAGUUUUUUGAAAGCCCUUGCAGUUUCCUGACUAGUCAAUAGACAUUUCCCAGCUUUUCUUCCUUCUUGAGGAAUCCAGUCCCAGCCUCCAGCUUCAGCUCUGCCUCCACAGAGCUCAGUGCUAAUGGAGGAGACAAAUCUCCUUGACACAAGUGUAGCUGCAGGACAUGAUCUCUGCCAUCAUAUUUGGCUUCCCACCCCUCAGAAGAGGACAAAGUAGGCCAACCAUUUAUUUUCGCUAUCCUUCCCCCGCUUUGCUGCCCCGGCCAUACAAGUAUGGAAGACAGAAAAUUUCCUCACUAGUGCAAGGCAUGGGGAAGAACCAACAACAGCAGUAGCCCUGAAACCCCACAA